AUGACUCGGUACAGCAAGACCCCCGAUAAUUCAGCCUACGCUUCGGCUCGUGGCUCGUACCUGCGGACUUCUUUCAAGAAUACCCAGGCUACCGCUCAGGCCAUCAAGGGCUGGCGUUUGGACAAGGCCUACCAGUACCUGGAGGCUGUCCUUGAGAAGAAGCGCGCCAUUCCUUUCCGCAAGCAUGCUGGUUCUAUCGGCCGCACUGCCCAGGGCAAAGAGUUCGGUGUUACCAAGGCCCGCUGGCCCGUCAAGUCUGUUCAGUACAUCACUGAUCUGCUCAAGAACGCCCAGGCCAACGCCGAUACCAAGGGUCUCAACACCGACGCUCUUGUUAUCUCUCACAUCCAGGUUAACCAGGCCCCUAACCAGCGCCGCCGCACUUUCCGCGCCCACGGCCGCAUCAACGCUUAUUUGUCCUGCCCCUGCCACAUUGAGAUCCACCUCACUGAGGAGCAGGAGGCUGUCCCCAAGGCCACUGACAAGAAGCCCCUGCACCUUUCCAGCCGCCAGCGCGGUCGUUUGCUCGCUCAGAAGCGUCUGUCUGCCUAA